UUACUAUCAAUAACAAAUAUAAUAUAACAGAAGUAGUAUGCCAGUACUACAAAACCACUUGAACUCCAAUUAUAUAUUCCAUCAAUUUGCCACUUAAAUUCCAUCCAAAUCUCAAAUGAAAGGGUUCCUCCCUUUUCACAAACCUUAACUCAAACCAUCCCCAUGGAACAACCUAAACCUACUCCAUCACCACCACCACCUCCACCACCCAAAACCUAUAAACUAACCGCAACUUCAAUCUCCUACACUAAAACCACAACAAACACCACCACAACUUCCUCCUUCACACCAAUCUUCCUAUUCAAACAUUGCACAUCAACAUCACCAACCUACAUUCUCCAAGACGUCUCCUUAACCGCCUACCCCUCUCAAAUCCUCGCCAUCGUUGGACCGAGUGGGGCAGGCAAAUCCACCCUCCUCGACAUCCUCGCCGCCCGAACAUCCCCAACUUCAGGCACACUCUUCCUCAACUCCCACCCAAUUUCCCCUUCCUCCUAUCGAAAACUAUCAGCUUAUGUCCCUCAACAUGAUGCCUGCCUUCCCUUCCUCACUGUCUAUGAAACCUUUUCCUUCACUGCCCAUCUCCUUUUCCACAAAUCAUCCUCAAAAGACAUCUCGAAUAUCAUCUCUACCCUCCUAGAAGAGCUUAAAUUAGGGCAUUUAUCCAACACUUUUUGUGAAAAAGGCUUAUCAGGAGGAGAAAAAAGAAGGGUCUCAAUAGGACUUAGCCUAUUACACGACCCGGGAAUUCUCCUUCUAGAUGAACCCACUUCGGGUCUGGAUAGCGGGUCCGCUUUCAAUGUCAUGCAAACCCUAAAAUCCAUAUCCAUUUUAAGGCAUAGAACAAUUGUAGUAUCCAUUCAUCAACCAAGUUUUAAGAUCCUUUCUACCAUUGAUCAAGUACUUUUAUUAUCUAAAGGAAGAGUUUUACACCAUGGAAGUUUAUCUUCUUUACAAAAUCACUUAAAUUUUAAUGGAUUUAAUGUUCCUCCUCAACUUAAUGCUCUAGAAUAUGCCAUGGAAAUACUUAACCAACUUCCUGUUCCUCCUUCUCUUACUCAUACUUCAAAUGAUCAUAAUACUAUGAUCGAGAAAAGAGAGAAGAUUAAGUAUAAGAGUUCAAGGGUACAUGAGAUUCUUACACUUUCUAGAAGGUUCUGGAAAAUUAUUUAUAGAACAAAGCAACUUCUUUUAACAAAUACUUUGGAAGCACUUAUUGUGGGUCUUGUUUUAGGGACUAUUUAUAUCAAUAUUGGGUAUAAUAAAGAAGGGAUACAAAAAAGAUUAGGUCUUUUUGCAUUUACUCUUACAUUUCUUCUUUCUUCUACAACUGAAACCCUACCAAUUUUUAUUAAUGAAAGGCCAAUCUUACUAAGGGAAACUUCUAGUGGAGUUUAUAGGGUAUCUUCAUAUCUUAUAGCAAAUACCCUUGUUUUUCUCCCUUAUUUGUUGGUUAUUUCAAUAAUUUACUCAAUUUCAGUAUACUUUCUUGUGGGGCUUUGUACAAGUUGGGUGUCUUUUGGGUAUUUUGUCCUUGUGAUUUGGGUUAUUGUCCUAAUGGCAAACUCUUUUGUCCUUUUCCUAAGCUCGGUGGCCCCCACAUACAUAGCCGGGACGUCGUUGGUGACGGUGCUCCUCGCCGGAUUCUUUCUCUUUUCCGGUUACUUUAUUGGUAAGGAAAGUAUGCCUAAGUAUUGGGUUUUUAUGCAUUACUUAUCAAUGUAUAAGUAUGCACUAGAUGCUUUGCUUAUAAAUGAGUAUUCUUGUCUUGUGACAAAAUGUUUGGUAUGGUAUGAAGGGAGUAAAAGUUGCAAGGUGACGGGACAUGAUGUGUUGGAAAAAAGAGGGUUACAUGAGGGUCAAAGGUGGAAUAAUGUUUAUGUUUUACUUGGGUUCUUUGUGCUUUAUAGGGUGCUUUGUUUGUUGGUUUUGAUUAGAAGGGUUUCUAGGUCUAAAAAGUGAUGUUCAAUGCAUGAUUAACAUAUAAUGUUCAUUUCAAUAUGAACCAAUAAUUCAACGCUCUAAUUAUUGUGAUUUUGUAAAU